AUGGGAGCUUCAUUAUCGCGUCUGUGGUCUCUGGUGUGGGCCAAGAAGGAGAUCCGAAUCCUCAUCCUGGGUCUCGCUAAAGGUAUAAUUCUGACAUCGAAUCCGCUCCGCGUACCGAACGUGCUGGCAACUUGGAGUGCUAACGACUCGCGUCUCCAGAUCGGCGAGGUGGUCACCACAAUUCCCACUAUCGGAUUCAACGUCGAAUCGGUCACAUAUCGGAAUCUAAAUUUGAAUGUUUGGGAUCUCGGAGGUCAAACAUCCAUUCGCCCUUACUGGCGGUGCUACUAUGCAAACACCGCUGCCGUCGUUUUCGUCAUCGACUCUACAGAUAUUGAGCGCCUGGGAACCGCCGCAGAUGAACUGGCAGCCAUGCUGAACGAGGACGAGCUCCGUGAAGCGGCCCUACUAGUGUUUGCCAACAAGCAAGACCAGCCGGGUGCCAAGGGUGCGGGCGAGAUCUCGGAGGCAUUGAAACUUGGAGAAUUGCGCGAUCGUAACUGGAGCAUUGUCGCUUGCUCUGCCAUUGAUGGCAAGGGCAUUAAUGAAGGCAUGGACUGGCUGGUGCAAACCAUCUCAGCAGAGAACGCAUAA